GUCCGGGAAGAGAGGAGGGCCCAGGCACGGCGGAGGGCGCGGGCGCUGUCGCGCUGUGCGAGCGUCACGAGCAGGGGCGGGGGCGGCGCGGCCGCGCUGCGGGAAGGGCGAGCGGGGUAAAAGGAGCCGGAGCGCCCGCGCUCUCGGGAUUCAGCGUUCCUGUCCCUCGCCUCCGCCUGGCUGAGCCAGAGCUCUUCGCCACUGCACUUUACAGCCUGGCACAUUGAUGGAAACAGAUGUUGGUGGUGGUCCGAGAUAUUUGUGGGGGUUAAAAUAUUUGAACUCCAGCUGAAUAAAACAAGGGCUGAAAAUUGAAGGAUGGCAGCAAAUCCUUCAGGACAAGGUUUCCAGAAUAAAAAUAGGGUUGCAAUCCUGGCAGAACUAGACAAGGAGAAGAGAAAGUUACUUAUGCAAAACCAGUCUUCCACAAAUCACCCUGGAGCCAGCAUUGCACUUGCAAGAUCACCUCUGAAUAAGGAUUUCCGUGAUCAUGCUGAGCAACAGCACAUUGCAGCACAGCAGAAGGCUGCACUGCAGCACGCACAUGCACACUCCUCAGGAUACUUCAUAACUCAAGACUCUGCAUUUGGAAAUCUUAUUCUUCCUGUCUUACCUCGACUUGAGGCAGAAUGAGGAAUGUUGUUUGCCUCAGAAAUUCAAGAUCGAUUUUUGUCCAUAGCAAGAGCUGUUUGACCUUUUAAUUUCUUUAUGUAUCUUAAGACCUACUUUUUUUCUGGGUUCUUGCAGAUGCCAUUCAGGAGUGUGAGCUCUAGUGAUGGGGAAAUAGUGUUGAAAAUUUUUUAUCCUGUAUUUCUGUUCCUCUGUUGGGUCAAAGUCAAAUGCAAGACUUUUCUUGGAGUUUGAAGUGCACAGGGUUUGCUAUUCCCUGUUUCAGUGCUUCCUUUAAAUAAAUGUCCAAACCAGAGUUACCAAAA